AACUUGUGCUCCUAUUGGCUGUUGAAAAGAAGGAGACCGUGACGUCAGUGGGAAGCGCCGAACUCCAGUUUCCAAAGUUGAGAGUGAUGCUAAGGUUAGCCGAUGGACGGCAGUGAGUCUCAGGCCUCAUUAACGGCGCACAGAUGGAUGACAUCAAUGUUUUACACCACAGAUGCCUUCUCAAUUUGAGGCGUAGAAUUCGAGACAUAGGAGAUGGUCACCCAGCACAGGAUCGAUGCAUGAGGUUGCAGAAGGAUGGGGACACACUUAGUUACCAAGGGAACUCCGAGGAAGUGGGUUGCUAUGUGGCUGGCCAUCCUUUAUCAAAGGGAAAUUGCUACUUUGAGGUAACAAUAGUGGACACAGGAGUGAGGGGAACCAUCGCGGUGGGCCUGGUGCCUAAAUUCUACAGGCUGGACCACCAGCCUGGAUGGCUGCCAUACUCUGUAGCUUACCAUGCUGACAACGGCAAGUUGUAUAAUGGUAACCCUGUUGGAAAGCAGUUUGGGCCAAAAUGCGCUCGUGGUGACCGGAUUGGCUGCGGCAUACACUCGGAAAACACAGAAGCUGGUCUUACUACUGUCUUCUUCACCAAAAAUGGCAGAGAGGUGGGUUCAAUAGAGGUUCCUGUGUCGUCUGAGGGCCUUUACCCGGCUGUAGGUAUGCACUCCAUGGGGGAGGAGGUGAAGGUUGACCUGCGGGCGGAGUGGCUCUUAGAGGAGGAUGAUACCAUGAUGAUGGUUGACAGCCAUGAAGAUGACUGGGGACGACUCCAUGACGUCAGAGUCAGCGGCAUGCUCCUGGAAUAUGUUGGCAAAGGAAAGAGCAUCAUGGACGUUGGUUUGGCUCAGGCCCGCCAGCCGCUCACCACCCGCUGCCACUACUAUGAAGUGGAGAUAGUUGAUGCUGGGGAGAAGUGCUACAUCGCCUUGGGCUUGGCAAGAAGGGAUUAUCCCAAGAACAGACACCCUGGGUGGAGCCGGGGGUCCGUCGCCUAUCAUGCAGAUGAUGGGAAGAUCUUCUACGGCAUCGGAGUUGGAGACGCUUUUGGGCCCCGCUGCUUCAAAGGGGACAUCAUGGGAUGCGGCAUCAUGUUCCCACGUGAUUACAGCCUGGACGGAGACGGUUCAGUUGACGUGGAAGACUUGGGUCAGCUGGAGGGCCUACCCAGUCAAGAUGGCAUCCAGAACGUUCUGUAUCUUAAUGGUGAAGACGAGGAAGAGGAAGAGGAGGAAGGGGACGAAGUCGUUCAGGAACAGCAGGGAAGGAAGGUGACGGUGUUUUUCACCAGGAACGGGAAGCUGAUGGGUCGACGGGAGAUGGCGGUCCCCCCUGGGGGUCUGUACCCCACCGUGGGGAUGCUGAGCAGCGGUGAGAAAGUCAAGGUGGACCUGCAUCCUCUCAGCGGAUGAACCGAGAGGUCGUAGGCCAGAGCACGCACCAUCCAGCUGCACACACGCACGUCUUCCUCUAGUCAUCGCAGUAAGAACAGACUACAAGCUCUGGCAGCAACGGUUACUUCUAUGCAAUCUGCUCUGCUACCAUCCUCCUUCUGCAUGCACUUUGUCUCCGAAACACUGAGCUGGUAAAUGCCCUCAUCCAGUCUCGCUUUUUUUCCAUUUGUCACGACCCCGAGCAAAGCGGAGAGAGGCCAACGUCAGUUUGUUUCAGGGAACAGGACUCCCUCCCUCUGGGCGAUCAGGGACCUCACAUGCUGCUCUCCCAGAGCCAGACGUGGAGCUCCUCUGUUUCCUCAAAGCUGCAGAGUCCUCCUUAAAUCAGUUUUGCGAAACAAUCCAAGCGUUCGGCAUGUCUGCUGAGAAGCGCCGUGUCGGAUAUUUUUUCCAAGAGCUCAAUUUGCAGCCAAAAUCCAAAUAAAAACGGGUCAGCAAACAUUUUAUACAUGCCAUCUUUGAAAAACAAAUAUUUAAGUUUAUCUCAUUCAGGGAAUAUUUGUGUGUUUUAGCACUUUAAUAAGAUAAACUUUGGCUUUAUAUUCUGAAUCCAAACUGUGAGUAAAGGUAGAAACUUUAAGAACCAGUCCAAUAUUGACUGAUCAAUUUAUGCAAUCCACAUAAAAAAGUGUAAAUAAAUGACUUAAUGUUUGGAAGAAAUAUUUAAAUCUGCUCAGUUUUAUCUCCGACUCAAGUCCUGAGAAUUGUUAUCCACCAACCUGUAGAUGACCAUUCAACUCUGCAGGGGCCUGAUAACAACACAUUCAUGUACUUUAGGUGUUUUGGAGAAGGAAUGCAUCUAAACGUUGCAGGAUCGUAACUCUCAGGACUGGAUUAAAACACCCAGCUUAAUGUGAAAAAGAUGCUGCAUAUUUUCGUGCAGAUGUUUGUUGCAUGCUCAUUGGUCCCCUGCAUUUCACUGAAGGGUGGCAAGAACAAUUCUGCAUCACAAAGUUCAGGCUGAUAUUUCUCUUUAAAUGUUGCCAGAUUUCUACAUUGAGCUGCAGAGUUGAGCCUGUUUUGUUUCUCAGAUGAUUAGAGUUUGACGAAACAAGACGGGUCGGCGAUAUUAAAGUUUAUUAAUUAACAAACAAGAGUCUCAGUAGAAAACUCCUGGUAAGUCCUCAUGCUGAUCACAAGAUUGGUCACACUCUGAUGCCCAAAAGUAUUAAUAUCCUAGCAGAUUUAGGUACAAAACUAUUUUGAAAUGGCACAGGCAUCUCUCAAAAAAUAAUAGGACAAUGUAUAAGUGUGUCAUAAAUAUAUAUAUUUAUAUUUUAAAGCUUCAAUAUGUAACUUGUUGAAACUGUUACUAUGUUGUAACAGCAUCACGAGACAGAUAAUCUGUAAGAAAUUGAUCUCAUUUGUCUUGUUAACUAGAAACAACCAAUCCGAGCCAGGAGGUGGGUCUUAGCGCUGUCAAUCAUCCUGCAUGUGGCACUGCUAGCAGCACUCAGAGCCUUUUAUGAAUGCUAAAGCUAGUUAACAUGGCAGAUAAAUGGUUUUUCUGUAAUGGUGGGUUGGGUUUAGCAGCGAGUACAUGAAGUUGAUUAGCAGCUCUAAGACCCUCCUCUUUGCUCUGAUUGGCUGCUUUUGGUCAGGAGUGAAUCAUUUCUUAAGACAGUUAGCUCAGGGAAGAGGUGGAUCUUUUUACAGAUUAUUUGUCUCAUACUGUCACAACAUGGUUUUAACAAAAAUGUAAAAAAAAUUUAAAUGAAAGUUACAGCUGCUGCAGCUUUAUUAAAAAAAAAUCACUCAGUCAGAUUAUUUCCAUCCAGAAGAAACAGAAGCUACUUUAAACCUUAAUCACUUCACAAAUUCACCCAACAGAAACAUUACGAAAUCAAUCAGAUAAAUGGUUAGUAAAGGCAGUGAGGCAUCCUGGGUCGUAGGAAUCAAACAGCAUCAGCAGUGUGAGGUGAAAUGAGGACGUGUUUUCUGGUUCUGAGACAUUUAAAAGACUCUGCCGACCCGAUUGCUUCAGGCAGCUUCAGGCAAAGUUCAGCGGCUGCAGCCACAGUCGACCCGCGAGUCGGAGAACGGCGAACCGCACUCAAAAAAUCAGUUCUGAGUGGAAAAAUCUCCCAUAAUGUGGUUAAUUCUAACAUCAGGUUCUGCUGGGCCGACCUGAACGCUGUGAUGCAGAAUCCAACAUCUACAAAAGCUUUGUGAUGAGUCUGGUGGAGCUGGUUUCCACAUAACUUUAAAGAACUUGAAAAUAAUCGAAUCUGUAAAAAUGAACCAACCAGGCCUGUCAUAAUAACAAAUUUUACUGGACGAUAAAUUACCCAGAAGUUAUCGCGAUAAAUGAUAAUAUUGUUGUUUUGAGACCAUUUUCAAGUAAUUAAAUGGUAAUAAUGGACUAAUAAUGCAAGAACCCAUUCUAAAAGGUAAACAAAUCUAGUGAACAUUUAAUGCUGGAACUGGAAGACAUUUUAAAUAUCCAAAAUAAAUAAACAAAACAACAAAAACAACAAAUAAAAUGAAUUAUGAAGUCUCUGUUUUGGUCUCAAUUAUCCUUUUUUUGAAGGACAGUUUAGUUUACAGACUUUUAUCCUCCAAUUUUUGGUCAAUUAAAAAGUUUAAUUUAUCAUGCGAUUAAAUGGUUUAUUGCUUAUUGUGACAGGCCUAUCGCCUUUUUAAACAGAGUUUAUGACACAAACCAACACAAAACUGUGAAGUGGAAGUGAAAUAAAGUUUUUUAAAUUCAGUUUUUACAUGGAAAAUUUUGCUAUGAAUUUGUAUUAAACCCCUGUUACUCUGAUGCCAUGAAGAUCAGACAGCGUCCCUGUUUGCAGAUCAAAACAAUCACUCAGAUCAGAACUAAAAUGCAAAUCUACAAAAAUCAAAAGUACUUAAAAAUCAAACACAGAAAAACUAAUUUCUCUCUAUAUUAAUUUUUUUUAUUAAAAGGAAAUGUACAGUAUAUGCUAAUAAUCUGACUGAGAUGAGCAGAGCUAAUAGAAACAAAAAUACAAAUUCACGCCACACUUUUCAGAUUAAAUGUUACCAGAAAUAUGACAACCAAUGUUCCUUUUUCUUCCACUUUGCAGUUAUGCACCACGUUGUGUUGGUUUAUCCCAUAAAAUCCCAAUAAAAACAUUUAAUUUUGUGGUUGCAACGUGACGAAGCGUUCAUGGGGUGUGAAUACUUUUGUAAAACGUGACCUAAAACUUCUGCACAGCAUGACUUUGAAAUCACAUCUGCUGGCGUCUCAGUUUCUAGCUGUUAUGUUUUCAUUUUCUUGAAAAAUAGAAUGAACUCAGCUUGAAUCAGUCAGGUUUGGUUCUGACUGAAUAAAAACUGGAAAUAAAAGAAAAUGUCGCUCAGAUUGGAGCCAAACACGACUUUAAUUCACUUUCCAAAUACAAUCGUUCCUGUUGUAAAGUUCUGUCUUGUUCGAUUGCACUAUGAUAUCCUGACUCACAUGAUCAUCAAUAAAUGUUUUAUUAAUGUUAACAAAGUA